AUGGCUUACUCCAAGCCAAGCCUUCUUAUUGCCGAUGACCAAAUCUACAACAGCAACGGUGUUCAACAGGGCGACCCACUUGGCCCGUUGCUUUUUGCCCUGACGAUCGAUCCUGUUGUUCGGAACAUCUCAUCUCGUUUCAAUGUAUGGUACCUGGACGACGCUACUAUCGGAGGUCCGGUAGCUUCCGUCCUUAAAGAUUUGGAAAAUCUGAUCCCCUCCCUUAAUUCUCUUGGCCUAUCCAUCAAUCCGCUCAAAUCCGAAAUUGCCAAUAUUGGCUUUACCCCAGAAGAUUUUACCUCUGUAUUUAAUACGUUCUCGAAUGUCCUUCCAAAUAUCCGCAGGACCUUGAUCGAAAAUUUGAAAAUCUUAGGGUCCCCUAUAUCCAAUCUGGGUGUUGAAUCAUCCCUAUAUGCUAAAACAUCCUCGCUAGUGGCAAUUUCUAACAAACUAGCAAAAAUCGAUUCCCAUUCCGGCCUGUUUUUCCUACGCAAUUGUUUUGCAAUUCCAAAGCUUCUAUUUAUCCUCAGAAGUGCCCCAUGUUUCUUUAACCUGAGGGCUCUCGAAUCAUUUGAUUUUUCGCUUAAAUCCAGCUUGGAGUCCAUUUGCAAUAUUACCCUCGAUGAGAUCGGUUGGCAACAGGCCACCCUUCCUAUAAGCCAUGGCGGUAUUGGUAUCCGAUCAUCUGUCGACCUUUCUAUCCCGGCGUACUUAUCUUCAGUUAAUGCGACCAACGAUCUGGUCCAGGAGAUUCUCCAAUCCGUAACCGAAUCAUCUAUGGACACAGAGUCGGUCGCCGCAGAAAGUCGCUGGCAAGGGAUGUCUCUGGAAAUCCCGGAGAAUACACACGCUCAAGGCCAAUGGGACCGGAUCCUCUGCGACCACAAGAUAAACAGCCUCAAGCCGAAACUCAAUCAACAUCGCUUGGCUUGCCUAUUGGCCGCCUCGCAACCAUAUUCUGGUGCAUGGCUUACAGCAAUCCCUAUGGCGUCAAUCGGCACCUUAAUGGACAACGACUGUGUAAGGAUUUCCGUCUCUCUCCGCCUCGGACUUCCCAUUUGCAGAACACACCAGUGCCGCUGCGGUUUAAGAGUGGACCCAUUUGGCCAUCAUCCCCUCUCCUGCUCACGUAGUGCCGGACGUUUCCCACGACACGCCGCCAUCAACGACACCGUGAGCCGUGCCCUAACGAAGGCGGGGUUUCCUAAUGAGCUCGAACCAGUCGGGCUCGACAGAGGCGACGGUAAGCGCCCGGAUGGCAUGUCAAUCUUCCCGUUUGAAAAGGGGAAAUGCCUUAUCUGGGACGCCACCUGUUCCGACACUUUCUCCGCCAAGAAUCUAAUUGCCUCCGCUGCGGAACCGGGCUCAGUUGCAAAGCAGGCGGAACUAACAAAACAUAAGAAGUACCGGGUCCUGGCAAAGGAUCACCAAUUCACUGCAGUCGCGGUGGAAACCUCUGGAGUCAUCGGCCCGCAGACGCUAUCGUUUCUCCGCCGCCUUGGAUCUAAGCUCGUGGUUGCCACGAAAGAUCCCAACGAGUCGAUCAGACUCUUUCAAGGGAUCUCAUUGGCCAUCAUGCGCGGAAAUUGCCAGUCGAUCCGCUGCGCAUUUUAA